AACUUGACGAUUUUAGUACUGUUUAUAUGCACUGCUGCUCUCGAACGUGUAUUCGCCGGCUCGAAAACAUCGCGCCAAAUUUCGUUUUUACGUAAUUUUCUAAAUCAACGAGGUAAUUGUAUGUACAAUAUUCGCGUUUACGAAUUUAAUUGGUCAUGGUAUAAUUUGGCUAAUACCACGUAGGUACGAGUGCGUUGUUUAUUUUGUACCUAUAAUAAUUUCAUCGCGUACGUUAUGUUGGUAGUAUUUUUCAACUGAAUCAAAACAUUUUUUUUCCCUGUAAUAUUCACGUGUCAAAUAUGUUUGAAUUUUUUUAAAUCCAUUAUUAAAUUGAUACUUUUGAUGAAUAAUCGAUUUCUUAUUCGAGUGAACUUUAAAAACUUUAUUUGUAUUGUAAAUAAACAUUGUGUUCGGUUCGUUCACUAAGCAUCGCUGGACGUUUGGAAAUUCGCUGUGAAAUUGAAGAUUCGCACGUCGUUAACACGAACGCCACAGGAGCUGAUGGUGGAAUUUUACAUCUAAGAUUCUCAAAGGGUCCGAUGUUGCCAUGGAUGAAAUGGUCUUCAUGAAUACAUCAAAGUGAGCCAGACUCAAAAAACCGGUCACCAUUAUCGAGUACAGGACGUGGAGUAAAUUUCUUCGCUGGAAAUUCCUGUUCAACGAUAUGAUGAAGGGGUCCAAUGUUGCCAUGGUGAGUACCAAGUCAUUGUGAAUCCAAUUGAGCUACUACUAUUAAGAUAUCUACAAUACAUACAAAUGAGAGAACAUGUUUCAAACGGCGAUUAUAGUUAUAGUGACAACGCUGGCGAUCGUCCCGAUGAGCGAGGAAACCGGGGUGAACACGGUGUGCCCGCCGAACUGCGCUUGUAACGAGGACACGUUGGUGGUAAUUUGCAAAGAGAACACUCUGAACGAGGUUCCCAUCACGUUGAAUCCGGCCAUCGAACGUCUCAUACUCGGACACAAUAAAAUCAAAACGGUGGACGCGGCUGCCUUCCAGUUCUACUCGAUGCUGAAGCAUAUCGAUUUCUCAAACAAUCAGCUAGUCAGGAUACCGAACCAGGCGUUCGGAACGCAAGCCAAGUUGAUCGAAUUGCACCUGAAUCAAAAUCGACUAUCGAACAUUACCGAUAAAACAUUCCACGGUUUGAAGUCGCUGACUGUGCUGAAUCUUCGAGGGAAUUUCCUGGAGGAUUUGCCGAAUAAGAUAUUCAAUCAUUUGAGCCGGUUGACCGAGUUGGAUUUGGGUCAUAAUCGUAUCCAGCGUAUCGAUCCGGAGACUUUUGAAGGUCUGCCAUCUUUGAAGAUUCUGCAUCUGGAUGAUAAUCAGUUGACCAAGGUACCGACUCAUUCGUUUCAGUAUUUAAGCGGAUUGGCAGAAUUGCACAUAGGUCUAAAUUCGUUUCGGUCUCUGGGCAAUGAUAGUUUCGCUCGGCUCAAUAGUUUGACGAAAUUGGAUUUAGCCGGAGCUGGUCUAGUCAAUAUCAGUGAUUUCGCGUUCAGAGGUCUGGACAAUAAUCUGCGUUCGUUGAUCUUGAGUGAUAACGAAUUGGUUACCAUUCCGACCAAACAGCUGUCCAAAUUGUCCAGAUUGGAAGAGCUGUCGAUAGGGCAGAAUCCGUUCAGCACGUUGCCCAAAGAUUGCUUCAAAGGUUUGGUGAAUUUGAGGCAUUUGGUUGUGAGUGGUGCGCCGAAUUUGGUAGCCAUUGAUACCGGUGCGUUUGCUGAGAAUUUGAAUCUAGAGAUUAUCACGUUCACCGAUAACAAGCAAUUGAAGUACAUCGGCGAUCAGGCGCUGACCGGGUUACCAAAUUUGAAAGAUGCCAUAUUACGAGACAACGGUUUCGUCUCGUUCAAAGAAUCGUUAGUUCCUUGGCCUUUGCUGCGUACGUUCGACGUAUCUGGUAAUCCUAUCGACUGCGAGUGUUCGUUAUCGUGGAUGCGUGAUUUACUGCUGCAACGAAACACCACUCACGUGCUAUGCUCGGUACCUCAGUCAUUGAAAGAUAAACCACUGAGGCAUCUGACAGCCGAAGAUCUCGGAUGCUCAACGUACGUCAGCACCCACCAAACCAUCAUCGGUGCUAUUUGCGGGAUUGUGGUUGCCUUGGUCGCUCUGCUACUCAUAUUACUCUACAGAUACCGACACAAAAUCCACGACUUAUUCAAAAACUACAAAUGGAAGAAGCAGACCAAGGUGAAUAAAAAUAAACAAGCCGAGUACCAGAAGACAUUCAACGAUGACGAAUUCAUCAUCCGUACCGCUCAACACCAAACCCUUAAACCAAUACCGGUGACGGAACUAUAGCUAGAACUUUUCGCCUCCAACUUGGCCAACUCCGCGGCUUCAGAUAUUUACUACCUACCCAACGAAUCUGAAGCACGAGUUGCCGGUUCCUGUCAAGGGAGGCGAUACAAAACUUUCAAUCCUAAGGGCACCACCAACGAUACCGGAUUCUCGUACAUACCUGGCGAGGGUUCGUCGCCCAGCAAUCAUACCUACGCUGUGCCCUACCAUAAGGAGAAAAUGUGCCCUCAUACGUUAAAAUAUCCGUCACAAUUCCAUAAGUAUAAAACGUCUUAUACACAUAGUAUGAAUGGACGUUCGUUACCGUAUUACGAACGUUAAACUAUCCGCGUAUGUUUUUUUUUCUCCUUUUUUUAUACUCUAUGAUUAAGUUAAGUUUAUAUAGAAUUUUUAAAAACCGACGUGGUUAGUUUUUAUUCUUUCUUUUCUUUUUUUUUCUCUUUCUUUCUUUCGUGUGCUCUUUUUCGCUGUAUACUUUUACGUUCUCUCUUAUUUCUUUUCUUUUUUUUUCCUUCUUUAUUUUAUGUGCGUUUUUCUCUUUCUUUUUCUCGACCGGUUGUUUAAAUUUAAGGGUAAAGCGAAACAAAAAAUUUUCCAAGCGAUGCUAUAUAGCCGAAAUUGGUGUUUGAAAUUUGCCAAUAUAGGCGUUAAAUUUUAAAUUGCAUUUGUAGUGGUAUUGAUGGUGAAAAUCGAUGUACCUGAGAAGAAAUUACCAGAGCAGUGAACUCGUAACUUUGACCAGCCUUGUGAAGGCAGGCUCAAGAGAAGAGAGUAAUGAACUGAUGAAAAAGUUUUGAAAAAUUUUCUUUUUUUUCUCUAUUGCUCAUUUCGUGUAGAUGAGUGAAAAAAAGCUUCCUGAGCUAAAAAAGAGUUCAAAAUUUGAAAUUUCACUUAUUUUGUAGCAGAUUUUUUUUUAAACUUCGCAAAAAAAUCUAUUUGGUCUGUUUUUUUUUUUUAUUUUGUAAAAAUGUUACUUCAAAAAUUUGACUAAAAUUUUUAAUUCGGACUGAUUUCUUUUUGGAAUUGUUUUGGUAUAUGUAUUCAAAUUUAAUUAAUUUUCAAAGUUACCCAAAGAAAAAAAUACGUAUCUUUUUCGAGUCAUUUGCGUUUUGUAAGAAGUGGGGGGGGGGUCCAGAAAAUAUCGAAUAUUGACAAAAAAAUGUGAAAUGGAAUUGUAGAAGGGGGUUGGGGGGUGAGAUAGACAGGAUAGGAAGGAAUAGAUGUUCUUUAUGAACGAAGUAAAAACUGGAAAAAUUUUCAAAUUGAUUCAAAAAAUUGCGGGUAAAUUCUCAAAAAUCAGUUUGGUAAAAUUAACUGUAUUUCUAGGACUUUUUUGGAAAAUUACUAAUGCAAAGAAUUUUACUCAAAAUUGUAGGUCCUGUUAAUUUACUGGGAAUUCUCCUAAUUUUUCAUUCAAAAUUCUUGGUAAUUUACUGGAAAUUCUGUGUAAUUGUCUGGAAAAUGUCGGUAAAAAAAUAAUGUUCGACAACUUCUGGAGAAUUUUCAGGAAAUUACUGAUAUUUUACAGGCAGGUAAUUACCAAGAAUUUCCAAUAAAGCAGCGAGAAUUUUUAGCAUCUCCCUCCUCGUCGAAAGUUUCCAGUAAGUUACUGAGAAAGUGAGAAUUUCCAGUUGACUGUCAAAAAAUUUGUGUUAUGAGUAAUUAGAAGGGAUUUUUGGUAAAUUGGUAAUUACCAAGAAUUGACGGAGAUUGUUAUUAAAUUACUAAAAAGUGGAAAUUCUUAAUAUUUCAUUGGAAGUUCUUGGUACCUGAUUAAGUGAAAAUCCUAAUAAAUGUAAUGGAAAUUUUCUGUAGCAAUUUCUACGUUACAAAAAUAUUGAUAAAUUUUCAGUAAAUUACUGACAUUUUUCAGAUCACGUAUUUCUGGUAAAUUACCAAAAAUUUCUAGAAAAUUACCAAGAAUUCUUUGUAAAUUACACUAGGCAACGGCAUGCUUGUGUUCGGGUUGAAAAUGGGCUUAAUCGAUAGUUUAGACCCUAAAACAAAAAACAGAGUGGGAUUUUUCAAUUUGAAUUGUUUUUGUGGUCAGGAGAGAUGAUCAAAGUUUCAAAAAUGGCCGUUUUUGCCCUAUUUCACGAGUUUCUGGCGACACCAGUAUUGUUUUUCGAAAAAAACCAAGGUCAUAUUCGGAUUCUACGCACUUUUUUAAGUAAACAUCUUUCCCGGAUUUUUGAUUUUCGAACAUUCAAGCUCAUUACGGAAGAUUUUCGUUUGUAACACGAAAUUUUUACUGCACGAGAACCUCGCCCGCGCGAACACGGUUCCGCGCCACGAUUACAUCGUGGAGUAACGCCAGCGUCGCGCGCUCCGAGUUUUAAAAUAUGUUACAAACAAAAAUCGUCCGUAUGCGCUUGAAACUUCGAAAAUCGAAAAUCCGGGAAAGAUGUUUACUUAAAAAAGUGCGUAGAAUCCGAAUAUGACCUUGGUUUUUUUCGAAAAACAAUACUGGUGUCACCAGAAACUCGUGAAAUAGGGCAAAAACGGCCAAUUUUGAAACUUUGAUCAUCUCUCCUGACCACAAAAACAAUUCAAAUUGAAAAAUCCCACUCUGUUUUUUGUUUUAGGGUCUAAACUAUCGAUUAAGCCCAUUUUCAACCCGAACACACGAAAAAAGUCAAAAAUUGUUGCCUAGUGUUAUCGAUAAUUUACAGUAAAACAACAUAAUUCGGUAUUAUUUGAGGUAAAUUUUCAAUAAUUUCCAGUAUUUUUGUGACAUUUGCCAGGUGCCUAAUUUCAUGAGAAAAUUCAGUUGACUAUUGAAAAAAUUAUGGGCAAUAAUUACCAAGAAUUUUCAAUAAAUUACCGAGCAUUUUUGGUGAAUUUUCAAGAAAAAGCAAAAAUUGAGUUUAUUAAAAUUUUAUUUGAAGUUCUUCAAAUAAUUAUCUAAAAAUCCUGGAAAAUUUACUGAAAAUUCCCAGUAAUUGCUUGAAAAACGUCAGUUAUUUCUGUUAUGAAUUAUCAAAAUUUUUCAGUAAAUUACUGACAUUUUCCAGGUAAUUAUCGUAAAUUUUUAGUAAAUUACCGAGAAUCUACAGUAAGUCGUCAAGUUGGUAAAUUACCAGAAAAUUGAGUAAAUUUUCGAGAAUUUCCAGCAAAUUACUAAUCAUUUGUGGUAAAUUCUCGAUAAUUUUCAGGUCAAUUAAUUACUGAAAACUUCCAGUUGACUAUCAAUAAAAAAAUUGUGGGUAAUUAUACCAAGAAGUUUUUGGAAAAUUACCAAAAAUUUCUGGUAAAUUACCAAGAAUUGAGCAAAAAAUAUUGUUAAUCUACUGGAGUCUGGAAUUACUGUAAACGUUCAAAAUUUUAUUUAAAAAAAAAAUGUUCGUAAUUUACUGGAAAUUCUCGGAAAUUUAGAAAAAAUAGUUUUCGUUAUUUACUGGAAAUUCUCGGAAAUUUAGUGGAAAUCUGUGGUAAAUUAUGCGAAACUCUCAAUAGGUGAAGGUGAUUGAUUGGAAAUGGAAAAUCAACAAUUCCAGUAAUUUAUCUCAAAAUAGUUUUCAAUAAAUUCUAGAGAAUUUUUGGUAAAUUAAUGAUAUUUUCCAAGUAAUUACCGAGAAUUAUUUUUUUAAAAAUUACCAAAAAAUAUCAUUACCUACCUAAAAUGUUUCCCGAUUCUAUUGAGCACCCUGUAGUUUGUUUUCACAAUAUUUUCUGGUCGAAAAAAAUGAACAUUAUAAGAUUGGUGUAAUUUCGUCUUCAUUCACAGUUUGGAAGUGUUGGGCAAAAUCGUUCAAUUUCGAAUUUUUCAAAACACUUGCUUUUUGAGUUCGCAGCUUUGGUGAUUGAUUCGAGUAUUGGGUCUCGAAUUCGACUAAACUCUGAAGGAAGUACGUCAAGGAGCGCUACAAAAUGUAACUGAUUACGCGAUCACCCUUGUUGGAUUAGAUUGCUAAAAAAUCGACAUUAGCGCUCCAAUACCUAUUCGAGUCCCAAUCUUAGAUCACAAAAUUUUGUUGAAAUGUCUCUUUUGCUCGUUAUUUCGAGUACAUACCUACUUCACCUUGACUAUAUUUUUCGACAAUCUACGGAGACAUUUCAGUAAUUUCUGUGGUGCUCGAAAUUUUUCGGUCAUCGUGUCAUUUGCAUUUUAAUUUUUUGGAGUUUUUCCCGUCAAAAAAUGGGACUUUGAAAUGAUUUUUUUCUACAUCGAUUCUUGAAAUUUCGAGAUCCACAUUUCUCUAUAAACCUUAUUGUCGUAAAUCGAUAUCUCGAUUUCGUCGAGUUCUUUUUUCACUGUGAAAAAAUUCUAGUCAUGUUUAAUUUCAUUACGAUGCAUCGAAACACGACAAAAAGGUUUUAAACUCGGUAGUUCUAGUCAGAGAGAUUCUUGUUUAUAAUAAAUAAAAAACCGCCACAAGUUUGCGUGUAUAAUGCAUCGACUUAGGGAUAGUUUUUUGCUUCGCUUGAACAGUUUCGCCUUCGCCAUCGACGAUGAGAAGAAGGCACUGGCAGCAGGUUUUAAAUACCUGAGACCUGCCGACCGCGAAUACUCUUAUGAUCUAUAAAAUGCCAACCCGUCUCUAAUUUAACAAUUUCAAAUGCUUUUAAAAUAUUAAUCAAGUCGAUUGCGGAUUUAUAAUUAUGACACGUGUGACAUUUUUCGGUCGCUUUUAUCCUACCUAUUCGUAUAAUUUUAAACUCGUGUAGGUAUUGUCGUAAUUUUAUACCUACCUAUAAUAAUGAAAUUUCAAAGCAAUAAAAAAAAAACCUUUGUUGUGUAUUCUCAGAUCGAACACGUCGAGUUGUGUUCGCGUCUUAUGUUUAUAAUAUUUUAAUGCGACUGAAUUUUAUUCCAAAGAACGUAUUGGUUUGGUUUUUUUUACGUACGUACGAAGGAUAGAAGUACCCUUGAUACGUAUCAAAUUGAGGUAAAAGGUUUUUCUCGUGUUUGAAAUGAAUAUUCGUGUCAAAAUUUAUUAUUCUGUUCUUAAUUAGAUUUAAUUUUUAAUUCGAAAAAAAAAAUAUGAUAAAAUUCACCAUUCCAAGUUUAUUAAUUAACUCGACAGUCGAUUAAAUAAUAAAUUAUGUAUUCGAUCAAUCCACCAAUACGAACAUCUAUAUAUUAUUUGAAUGGCAUUAAAAUAAUGACGGGUGAUAAACGAUUUGUGUUUAAGUUUUGUUGUUUUAUUAUAUUAUUAUAUUUUUUAAUAGGUUGAUCUCUUUUUAUUUAGCAUUUAUAAUUUGAAUUUUUAUCAAUUUUAAGUUGUUAAGUAAAAAAUUUUUUUUGUUUCUUUGACUUUUUUUUUCUCGUCCUCGUGUAAAUUUAUAACGAAUCUAUGAUAAAUUCGGAAUAUAUUGUAUUUUGUAAAUUGCAUUUUUAUUCCCAGUUUACGCGAAUUUUUACUCCAUUAUUUACGUAUACAGAUGGUGUAACGAUUUUCGAAACUGAUAAAACGUAUAAAUGCCAUAAACGUGUAAUUUUUUUUUGUAUCGUGUAUAAAUUUGUAUAAUACGAAGAUUUUUAAAAAUAAUACAAAUGUUACCUGAUAAGUAUUUUGUUUGUGAUUUGUAUAUAUUUCUUAACUAUAUUCUAUUGUACUACGUAAUACGUACGAAUAGCGAGAAAAUACAUUUUCAGGCCAUUCCCCCUCUCUGGUCUUUUUGAACCCAAACAUCGAGGAAAAAUUUUGCAGGGAUGGUGGUAUAAUUAUACUUGUUUUAUUACUCGCUGAUUUUUUCCUCGUGUUAGCUCCGUACGAUGGUAUACUCGGAAGGUGAAAUAAAAAUAUACUCGAAAAUUCGGAGAAAUUCGUGCUUUAAUUUAAAAAUAAUGGCUGUGAAUUAUAUUAAAAUCCACAAGAUAAGGAAUACAUUAGACGAAUAUUUCCGAGUAUAUUGUCGAGGAGUGGGGAAAGAAUGACGAAAAAAUUGAUAUCAUGCUGGAAAAAAAUAUCAGUUGAAUUUUUUUUUUUUUUGAAGUUAAUUUUUAAGUACUGCUUUUUUUUAUUAUGUACUUAUUUAUUUUCUUUUUUGUUGAAAAAGUUUUUUUUUCGAUUAUAUAAGGAUAAUUUAUAUACGCUCACUUAUGUAUCAAAUAUUCAUAAUUAUAUUUAUACGUAUUUGAAAAAACGCUCCGCGUAGAUUCGUUGUAUAAGAGGAAAUAAUUAGACACGUGUAAAUUAUUGUUAAUUCACUUUAACUACUAUGUAGAGGUAUAAUAAAAUUUAUGAUUCAUACUGAAAAAA